AUGGGGCCUAAACCUUUUAGAUUUAAUAAUGAUUCGUUAUCACAUAAAAGCUUGCGUGAGUUAGUUUCUAAUUGUUGGUAUACUGUUAAGAUUCAAGAUAUGAAAGCUUUUUUUUUUCCAUUGAAGAAACUUAAGGCUCUCAAAGUGGUUCUCAAAUAUCAGAAUAAAGAGGUUUUUAGUGAUAUUGACUUUCUAAUUGUUUCUUUGAGAGAUGAAGUGAACAGGUUUAAUUAUUUGGCCGAUAGUGGAGUUUUAGUUAGGAUGGACAUUGAGACUAGAUAUAAAGAAUUUUCUGAUUUAUGGUCCCUUCUUAAAAUUAAAGACACCCAACUGUUUCAACAAUCUAGAUCUCGGUGGCUUAAGGAGGGUAAUUCUAAAUCUGGAUUUUUCCAUGCUUCUGUGAAAAUUAAGAGUAGAAGGAAUGCUAUCUUAGCUCUUCAGGUUGGUGAUGUUGGAUAG